CUGUGUGUGCCUGGGUGAUUUUUUGGUGUUGUGUGUGAUGGGCGCUUGAGUUGAGCGUGCGAAAGCCCCUUGUGUUUUAUAUUUAUACGAAGACGAAUCGAAUUGAAAACUUGUAAACUUGUCGAGGCAGCAAAAUGAUGAUGAACGCUUUCAUUGAGCCCGCUCAGCAUCAUUUGGCCAGCUAUGGGCUGCGCAUGUCACCCAAUACAACGGCCAGCAAUCAGCAGCUGGACAUGCAACAGCAGCAACAGCAACAACAACAGCAGCAGCAACACCAGCAACAACAACAGCAGCAACAGCAACAGCAGCAACAGCAGCAGCAGCAACAACAACAGCAACAACAACAGCAGCAGCAGCAACAGCAACAACUGGAGGGCAGCGCAGAGUCCACUGCAUUGGCAGCGGCGGCUUAUCAAAACUCCGGCUAUGGACAUUUCAAUAGUUAUGCUUCCCGUGAUUUCCUCCUGGGUCGACGAGGUGAAGCAUCGGAUUAUGCUGGCGCCGCUGCAGCAGCGGCAGCAGCCGUAACAGCGCCGACAGCUGCCAGCGCCGCUGAUUCGAUGCUCUUCUCCAGUUUCCCCGCACAGGCGGCGGAGCUGAGCAGCAGCUUUGGCCAGCAUGCGUUCCACAGCCAUCAUCAUCAUCAGCAUCAGAUGCGUAUGGCCGACUAUGCCACACAUCCGUAUGCCCAGCAUCAUCAUCACAGCAAUUUUCCGUCGGCAGUGCAUGCGGCACAUCAUCAUGCGGCUGCGGCACAUGCCGCACAUGCCCAUCAUCCGCAUCAUGCGAUGUCCGCAAUGCAUCCGGCGGGAGCUGGUGCAUUUCUGCGGUAUAUGCGACACCAGCCGGCAACGGCGGCAUCCAGCGUUAAGCAGGAGAUGCAAUGCCUGUGGAUUGAUCCGGAUCAACCGGGUCUCGUCCAGCAGCAGCAGCAGCAGACGCAGGCUGGCGGCCGGAAGACAUGCAACAAGGUGUUUCAUUCGAUGCACGAGAUCGUCACGCAUCUGACCGUGGAGCAUGUGGGCGGGCCGGAGUGCACCACCCAUGCCUGCUUCUGGAUUGGUUGCUCGCGCAACGGUCGUCCCUUUAAGGCCAAAUAUAAGCUGGUGAAUCACAUACGCGUCCAUACCGGCGAGAAGCCGUUCGCCUGCCCGCAUCCCGGUUGCGGCAAGGUCUUUGCCCGCAGCGAGAACCUCAAGAUACACAAACGCACCCACACGGGCGAGAAGCCUUUCAAGUGCGAGCACGAGGGCUGCGAUCGGCGUUUUGCCAACUCGUCGGACCGCAAGAAGCACUCGCAUGUGCACACCUCGGACAAGCCCUACAACUGUCGCAUCAAUGGCUGUGAUAAGUCCUACACGCAUCCCUCCUCGCUGCGCAAACACAUGAAGGUGCAUGGCAACAUUGACGAGAAGUCACCGUCGCAUGGCUAUGAUAGCGAGGGCGAGGAGAGCUCCAGCUCGAGCAUUGUGACGGGCGGUGCUCAGACGCCGCCAUCGACGCGCUUGGAUGGCAGCGCCGGCAGCAGCAGCGGCGUCAGCAGCUUGAGCGGUGGCAGCGGCAUUAAAUCAUCCCCGCACUCCAUCAAAUCGGAACCGAAUCCGUUGCAUAGUGUGCAUUUGGGUGCCUCCAGCACGGGCAGCAGCAGCACAGCCAGUAGCAAUGCCUCCCACCUGUUGCAGCAACAGCAGCAGCAGCAACAACAGCAGCAGCAACAACAACAGCAACAGCAACAACAGCAACAGCAGCAACAACAACUUGCCGUACAUCAGUCGCUGCACGCGGAAUCGAAAUCCUCGCCUGCAUUGCAACUGAUGGCCACAUCUGCGUAUCUGCCGCCACCGUUGGGACCACCGCCAUCGCAUCAUCAUCACCAUCAUCAUCAGAUGCCGGGCAGCACGGUGGCGGCAGCAGCGGCGGCUGCGUCACCAGGUGCAGCUGCCUCGGCAUCCAUGCUGGCCGUCACCGGGCAUCAUAAUCAUCAUUUACUGUAUCAUCCGGCGGCGCAGCAUCAUCCGCCCAGCGAUUGGUAUCAUACGGCCGCACCGGCGGGCAGUGCGGAGGCAAUGAAUCCAUUGAAUCAUUUCGGACACCAUCAUCAUCAUCAUCAUCUAAUGCAUCCAGGCGCGGCGACGGCGUAUUGAGAUUGGGAGAACUGGUGGCCCGAGGAGCCGCCUCCGCCGGCAGCAGCACAGGCGGUGGUCGGUGUGCCGCCAGAGGAGCCGUCGCCAUCGUUGGACUGGUUCUGCUGUCAGCGGCUGCAGAAUUUGGCGCUUGUCGCGCAAUGUGAAAACCAAAUAUUUCUGAAGUUGAAGAAAGCACUUUAAACUUUUUACCUGAUAAUUGAAAAA